CGAGGUUGUUACCUGUUGGCAAAUUUUGUGCUCAAAUUUUUGUCAGGGCGUGAAAAGAUCCUCCGAAUUUUUCAGAAAGUAUGGCAGCUCCGGAAGAAGUAUCUGAUGGUGUGACAAAGAAGAUUUUGCGUGCAGGAGGACCUGCAAAAGUCCAAAAAGGAGCAGAAAUAACUGUCCACUGUGUUGGCUCACUUGCUGGCAACCCACCGAAGAAAUUCUGGAGCACUAAGGAUCAAGGACAAAAAGCGUUUUCCUUCAAAGUUGGAUUGGGUCAAGUUAUUAAAGGAUGGGACGAGGGUUGUAUGUCCAUGUCUAAAGGAGAACAUGCAGUACUGAUCAUCAGGUCUGACAAGGGUUAUGGUGCCAAUGGAUUUCCAGCCUGGGGAAUCCCACCCAAUGCGGAUCUACAAUUCGAGAUAGAAAUACUAUGAGGUUCUUGAUGUUUUCUUUUUGUUGGAGACGACCUAACAGAUGGCAAGAAUCAGGUUUGGCCGGUGUAGAUUACAGCAUUCUCAGUUUCCAUAUUGGAAACUUUUGUGUAAUUUAUGUACUUAGAGAUAGACUGGUUAAUUAAUGGUGUUGACCAGAGCCCAAUAUUUUUUUU